GAGACGCGCCGGUGGCAACUUGAAUUCCAUGCUGAGUAUGGCCUUUAUCGCUACCGCUACAGUUCUUUCCUCUUCGAUCUCGUUGACAGGUACUGGUAUGAGCCCUGCUUUGCUCGAAUCUGUCUGAAUCACGAGGUUUUGAAGCAAGUUUGAAGGCGUCUCAUGGCAGCUCAUGGUGCCACGGUAUGAUGAAGAAACUAGCGCCCGCCCACUGGUAUUGAGGCGCGCGCUCGAGGGCGUGUACUCACUGUUCGACACCACCAAGUCUUCUUUUUCACCGCCAUGCGCAUCUGAGGAAAUCCGCUUUGCUAUGUACUCACACCUGGCUGAGCGAGACAUUCAACUGUCCUGAACGACGACGGAAGCAACAGCUUCAACAUGUCGGAGGAAGCAGCACAAAUUGCAAGGUUCGGAGGUCGUCCUUCGCCAGGGACCCGGUGCUGAUGCAGACCAGAGAGGCGAAGAGCCUCCAGCAAGGCCUGAAAGACUCGCUAAAGUCUAGAGAUCCAUGGGAUAAGGAGGUGGAGUUUCAACGGAAAAAUCUUCGACGACAGUAUUUGCGUCUACUCUUCGUCCACCCUCAUGCUGCUGAGUCGCGCGACGUCGACACCCACCUGUGGAUGUCGACGUCAUACCAAUUCAUCUCGAAGUACAAGGAACGCAUAGCCAACCUCGAUCGUGCCAUCAACCGUCAUCAGCAGCAGCAAGGCUCGUCUCGACAGCAGUCGGGGCAACAGCGAGUGGUUGAGCAUCGAAAACUCCUGCAGCGCUUCUCUCAAUUCCUCUCCGAAGAACAUCGGUUCUGGAGGCAACUCGUCGUUCGGAUACACCGCGUCUUUGCCCUGGAGGACGCGAGUCGCGCGCUCGAGGUUCUCCACAUCGAAAUCGAGCAAGUCCCCGCUGCCGCUGACGGUGCAAUACCGAGGCGCAGUCAACACCAGUUUCCUCCGGAGGCAGAUGUGGCGUCCCCAUCUGCGCCCGCUGAACGGCAGACGAUGAUAGCCGUGAUGAGCAAGGCGCUUGUGUGUCUUGGUGACAUCGAGCGGUACAAGGAGCUGUACAACGAGAAAGGUGGUCGGCCACGCGCAGGGCAUGAGGAGGGACCGUCCGCGGCGCCGACGAGAGGUGGGAGGGGUCGACGUGGGGGCGGGACGGCCGCAGGCCAAGUGCCACGUAUGCGCAACUACGAGAAGGCGCAGCAUUGCUACGAGCAGGCGAGGCUACUGCUUCCGAACGAUGGCAACCCGUCACAUCAGCUCGCCAUCCUGGCGACGUACCAAAGGGACACGUUUGGCUCGCUCGUGCAGUACUACCGGUCACUAUGCGUCAAGAACAGAUACGAGCCUGCGUCAGAGAACAUGGACACGACACUUGCGCGCGCAUGGGAGCAGUGGAAAGCCAAGGAGGCGCGGCGGAGUAAAGAGGCGGACGCAGAGGGUGGGGCAGAGACGGGUCCAGUUGCACCGCGAUUGAGGGUUGAGGUAUUCAAGGAGAAGGUGAUUGUCAUGCAUGCGAUGUGGCGAGUCUCGACAGAAGACAUCACGCCUUCGCUGCAGGCUCACUCGCAGAAGGUCGUCGAUAGCUUCAAGGAUCUAGUCUCCGAACGGAUACUUCCGCUCGACAUGAUCUGGAAGGUGGUCAUCCUCGCACAGGGUGCUCUCUGGAGGCACCGCUCCACGCGACACCCAACUCGGAACCUCACACACGGUAACAAACUGGCGAAUGCUAUCGCGAUCGAGUCACACAUCGCGACACACAUCCUUGCCCUGCAUCGCGCCCUACUCAAGGUUGGCAUCGUGCAGGUGGCCGAGGCCUCGCAGGAGGACGGAGGCAGGCAGGAUCUAGCGCAGAGCAUAACAGCGGAAUUCCGUAGGGCCCUGCCGGCAUUGCGUCUGGCCAGCAAGUGGUUGCGAGUGAAUUUCAAGUACGUGCUCGAGCAGUCGCGUGCUGACCCCGUCGGUCGCGCGGAGGCCCACGGUUCGACCGAGGCCUCUGGUAGCAGCGAUCGUCGUCUGGAUAAGCGCCAGGAGAGUCGCAGGCGCUCCAACAUUCCCAAUGUCACUAUCAGCGGCGUGCAGGAGUUCUGGCAUGCGUAUGUAGAGUUCUCGACGGCGCUACUUUGCACGUUCCCCUUGGAGAGAUUGCCAGCUCUGUCAGUGCCUUUGGACGAGGACAUCGAGACGACGGGGUUCCUACCCCUCAAACGUGCAACACCAGCGGAGACAGGAUCACCUGGGACUAGCGUUAGUUCCCCGGGGGCGGCACAGGGCUCGCAUCCGAACACCGAAUUUUUGAUGAGAAUCCAGGAGCUGUCGCUCGACGCUCAAGCUAUAGCUGAAGAGGAGACUUCUCCAUUCCUUCUCGUCGACGGCCACUUCGUGAUGAGAGGGUUCAACAUAAGCACCUUUACAACGUCAGCUCGCCCCGUGAGCACUCAUCCUCCGAAUGGACACCGUGUCGUCGGGACCUUCGGCGAACCCAGUCGUGUGGACAUCCCAUCAGACCAGGCGGAGCAGAUCAACCACGAUGACGACGACGACAAUCGUACCGAGGCUACUCGCACUGAUGACGAUCCAGUCACACUCGCAUUCCGUGAGGCUCUCAAGACAGACAGCGACGAGGAGGAGGAGGAGGAGGAGGAAGACAGAAUCGUGUAUCCUAGAACCGACUAUCAAGAUGUAGCCGCAGCCAACCCCGCAUCAAGCACACCGCUUAUGUAUGCCACGCCCCGUAACGUCCCUCUAUCUUCCCCGCCGCCUUUGUCCCCGAGACUUCCUCGUCCAAACAGUCCCCUUGUAUCCAUCUCGAGUCCUCGCGGUAUCGCACCUAUCUCUCCCCCUCGACACGCGCCCAGCAACGGCAACGUGCUACCGCCGCCAGCUGUUACUAGGCCUCACGGGACGACUGCCGAGGAUCUCCUCAUGGGCCUGCGUCGGUCCAACACGCAUUCUCGAACGCCGUCCGCCCCACAGCCGCAGCUCUUGUUCGGCUCUGGUAAUGCCACGUCCAUCUGGUCCACUGAACGCGACCGGAAUCCACUCGGCUAUCGGGGAACGCCACCUUCAAAUGCCGCUGCAUUCCCUUCGCACCAACACACGGCGCAGUUGUCUUUGCCGUCUACGCUUUCCGUGGACAGAUCUCAAAAUCAGUACGGGGACAACGCCGCCCUUCCGUUUCCAACGCAGCAACCCUAUGCCCCGUUCCGUGGCCACCAGCGGAUCUCCUCGCUCAACCUUGGACUUUCGCAAGUUCUUCCUAGCCAGGGACCUAGUACGCACUAUGCUGUCUCAGGAGGUUAUGCACCGUCGGCCGAAGUCCCCAGUGCUCUGUACCAAACGGGGCUGUCGCCCGCCUACGUAGACCCCAUCCUAUCUACUCCGAACUCCCUACUUCGGCAUGCGUACUCGCCUAUGAAUCAUCAAGUAUCGACGCCACAGAGGAUGCUCGACACAAGGGUUGUUCGCCCUCCUCCAGUCUUGCCACCAUCGUCCUUGGCUGGAGCUUCCCAGCUAUGGUCUAACCACGGCUGACGCAAGACACGUCCCGUUAUAGCGUCAUUUCGCAAUUCGUUAUGCAGUUGUGUUAGAGGACACGACAUGCGUCGACUAGUUAGUCCUCUGAGUCGCAGCAUUGCCUUUCAGGCGCCAUCGUCACAAGCUCUACAAUCGUGCAAUCUC